AUGGAUAUGGCUAAUCAAAAAAGGAAAAGCUCUAUGGAUAUGGCUGGUCAAAAAAGAAAAAACACAGGUCGCAAAAAGAUUGAGAUCAAAAAACUUGACAAAGAAUCCAACAAACAAGUCACAUUUUCAAAAAGAAGACAAGGUUUAUUCAAAAAAGCAAGUGAACUUUGUAUCCUAUGUGAUGUUCAUGCAUCCAUCAUUGUUUUUUCUAGUGCUCACAAACUCUUUUGUUUCGGUCAUCCCGAUACCGACGCGAUUAUCAAUAGUUAUGCCAACGGAACCCUCGAGUUCGAGAGAUCAAAGUUAGAAGGAAGUUCUUUGAUUUACGAAGAGUGUAAUAAAAAAUAUGAAGAAGUGUUGAAGGUGUUGGAGAGGGAGAAGAAGGAACUUGUGGAAGCUGAAAAGUUGGCUAGGGUUUGUAAAAGAGGUGAUUGGUGGAAUGAAGAUACUGAUAAUAUGAGUAUUGAUCAGCUUCAACAAUUUAUGAUUUCUAUUUAUGAGUUUCGAGGCAAGCUUCUUGAAAAGGAUCAUCAACGUAUGAUGAAGCUUGCCAUGUUGGAGAAUUAUUAG